CUAAUUUUUCUGUCUUUGCAAUUGGGCCUUCUUGGUGUGGCGUCGUUCCUUCUUCUCCUCUUGCAACCUCCGCCUGGUCUCUGAGUACUGAAACUUUUUUCACAGAAGCAGGCGCUUGCAAGGCAGCCCCGUGAUCAUGACGUAUAAUUUGCGCGCCGACACAGGAAGGACCUUUCUCCUUUGGCAUGCGUUUCGUCCUCUCCUCUACUCCGAGCCGUUCUUGUUGGCGAGGCACGUGCACUCCUGAAUGGAGCUGGUAGCUGGUUGUUACGAGCAGGUCCUUUUUGGGUUCGAUGUGCAGAGGGAGCGGGAGGAGAGCGGCGGUCACCAGAAAUGGACUCCUGUGAAUGACUUCACUCACCAUGCCCACACUGCCUCCUUGUCAGCGGUGGCUGUAAAUAGUCGUUUUGUAGUCACUGGGAGCAAAGAUGAAACAAUUCACAUUUAUGACAUGAAAAAGAAGAUAGAGCAUGGGGCUCUAGUUCAUCACAAUGGCACAAUAACUUGCCUGAAAUUCUAUGGCAACAGGCACUUAAUCAGUGGAGCAGAAGAUGGGCUAAUAUGUGUCUGGAAUGUAAAGAAAUGGGAAUGCCUCAAGUCUAUAAAAGCUCACAAAGGACAUGUGACCUUCCUCUCUAUUCACCCAUCUGGCAAGUUGGCCCUGUCUGUGGGUACAGAUAAGACAUUAAGAACAUGGAAUCUUGUGGAAGGAAGAUCAGCAUUCAUAAAAAAUAUAAAACAAAAUGCUCACAUAGUUGAAUGGUCCCCAGGAGGAGAGAAGUACAUAGUUGUCAUAAUGAAUAAAAUAGACAUCUACCAACUUGAUACUGCAGCCAUUAGUGGCACCAUCACAAAUGAAAAGAGAAUUUCUUCUGUUGCAUUUCUUUCAGAGUCUGUUCUUGCUCUGGCUGGAGAUGAAGAAGUUGUAAGGUUUUUUGACUGUGAUUCGCUAACGUGCCUCUGUGAAUUUAAAGCUCAUGAAAACAGGGUAAAAGACAUACUCAGUUUUGAAAUUCCAAAGCAUCAUGUUAUUGUUACAGCAUCAAGUGAUGGUUUCAUCAAAAUGUGGAAACUUAAACAGGACAAGAAAGUUCCCCCAUCUUUACUCUGUGAAGUUAAUACUAAAGCCAGGCUGACAUGCCUUGGAGUAUGGCUAGACAGAGCAACAGACAAGAAAGAAAGCCUUCCUCCAGCUGCAGAACCUUCUCCUGUAAGUAAAGAAGAACAUUCUAAAAUCAGCAAAAAGGAAUCUGGAGAAGCAGUGCAGGAAGAAGAAAGACAGUCAAAUGCUAAUGCAGAGAAAUGUGGUUUAAGUGGAGACAACAACCAACCAACGAAAGGAAAUAGCUUGGUGUCAACCAAGAAGAGGAAAAUGGUAGAAAGGUUGGAAAAGAAGAGCAGGAAAAAGAAGAAACUGCAAAUGAUGCAGUGAAUCCCAGAUUUCUCCUAAGUGAAACAUUGUUUUUGAAUGUGUCUAAAUUGUCUUUUUCUGAGUAAAAGCAAGGAGUUUUUUCUUAUGGAGAAGAUUUAUAGACUCAAAAUCACUUUCAGGUGGUUUUUUUUAAAUUAAAUAGUGGUAAAAAAUUUGUUGGUAGGCAACAGUAUAUUAAUUAUAUAUCAUGGUGUGAAAUAUAGUAUGUUAAUGAAUACUUUAUAAUUUUUACUAAAUAUUUAUAUAGCAAAUAAAGAUCUUUCUCAAAAUAUUAUAAUUUGAAAUUGAAAAUCUUGAACCCAUUCUUUAUCAGAGGUGGUAGAAGAGUUGUUUUUCAAAUUUUCUCCUGCAUAUGGGAAGAAUGGAAAAACUGCCUUGCUUUGGCUUUCUCAAAUGGUUUUUGUAAGUUUAAUGCAAAUUUUGUUCAUUUUGGUAACAAAAGGUAAAAAGAAUUUUAUAUUAGAAUGUAUAUUAAGACAAACAAAAAUUUUAUAUGUAAAAUAAAAUAUAUAUGUAUGAAACAUGUUUAGUGCUAAGAACAUAAGAAGAGGUUGCCAAACUUCUUUAUUCUGUUUCCAAGCAGUGGAUGACAAGAUAAUUUAAGGGUAGGAAAAUGAUAUUUCUAGUUUUGUUUUCUUUUUCAAGACAUAAAAUAAUUCAGUUAAUCUUCUAACAAAGGUAGUCUUAAAUAGCCCUGCUGAUUUUAAUCCUGCCAUCUCUUACCUACCUGAAAGAUUUAAUUGUUUUCCUAAAAAGAUUGUUGAAUAUUUUGAAAUGACAUAUUAAAGAUACCUAACACUCAGACACUGGAAUUGCCAUUCACUUUAUAGGAGGAAAGGGUAAAGAAAAUGGAAAUCAUCUAGGAAAUAACCAAACUAUAUCUAAAAUUUCAGUCUAUCCCUUUAACUUACUUUAGGCCUAUAACAGUGAAUAUACUUUUUCUUUUUAAAUUAAAUUUUCUAUUUUGAGAUCAUUGUAGAUUCACAUGCAGUUGUCAGAAAUAAUAAAGAGAUCCUAUGUACCUUUUACCCACUUCCUUCAGUGGUAACAUCUUGGAAACUAUAGUUCAGCAUCACAACUAGGAUAUUGAACAGUGAUAUAAUCAAGAUACAGAGGCUUUCCAUCUCAAUGGAUCCCAUAUAUUGCCCUUUUAUAGCCAUACCCAUUUCCCUUCUCCCCACUCCCAACCCUGAGCAACCACUUAUCUGUUUUCCUUCUCUAUAAUUUGACAAAAUUUUAAUAAAUGAGAUCAUUUAUUAAAGUAUGUAACCCUUUUGGGGUUGGCUUUUUUCCAUUCAGUAUAAUUCACUGGAGAUUGAUCCAGGUUGUUGUAUAUAUGAAUAGUUCAUUUCUUUUACUUUCUGAAUAGUUUUCCGUAAUUUGGAUGUACCACAAUGUAACCAUUCAUUGCUUAAACAAUCUGAGUUGUUUCCAAUUUGGGUGUAUUAUUACUAAAGCUAGAAACAUUAGUGUACAGAUUUUUUUGAUCCAGUUUCUCCAGGAAUACCAGCUGGGCUUAAAGAUUUCUUUCGGGGGAAUUUUUAAGUUCUGAAUUGAAUUUCCUUAAUAUUUAUAGGGCUGUUCAAGUUAUCUAUUUCAUAUUGACUGAGCUGUAGUUUGUGUUUAGACUUGUUCAUAGUAUUCCCUUUUUUUAAUGUGUCCGGGGUCUGUAGGGAUGGCCCCUGUUUUAUUACUGAUAUGGUAAUUGGCAUCAUUUCUCUUUUUUCCUUUGUCAGUCUUACUAGAGAUUUGUCAAUUUCAUUGCUCUUUUCAAAGACUCAAUUUGCUUCACUGAUUUUCUCUAUUCUGUUUUCAGUUUCAUUGAUUUCUGCUCUUAAUUAUUUCAUGCCCUCUGCUUGCUUUGCAUUUAUUUUAUUUGGGAAUUCAAAUUAUUGAUUGGAGAUUUUUCCUUUUUUCUAGUGUAUGCAUUUAGUGCUAUAAAUUUCACCUCAUAAAUGCUUUAGCUGUAUUGAACAAUAUAAUGGCUUUUGAUUGAGAUAUAAUUCACACCCCAUACUAUUCAUCCACUUAAAGUGUAUAAUUUAAUAGUUUUUAGUAUAUCACAGAGUUGUGCAACCAUCACUACAAUCCAUUUUAGAAUAUUUUUGUGAUAGGAGGCAGUCCUAGCAUGGCUUGCUGGCUUUUCCUGGGUCCCAGAAGUACAUCCUGUGCUCAGGACCAGGUGUGUCAGCCUGGCGAGAUAAGACACAUUCCCCAGAUGAAGGGAACUGUUGGUGCAUUCCUUUCCCUAUUGUCCCAAGCAUAUAUAAAUAUUCCCUGAGACAGUCUGAUGGGCAUGUUUUAUGACAUCCAGCUUACAUACCAGUGGUACAUCUGUUCUCAGCUGGAAAGGAGUGGGGUUACUCCAUUGUAGCACACAAAUACAAGAAAGGGGUGCUGCAUGUAGAACAUCUCCCUGAGUCAGCCCUGGAUUGAGACCUCCUGGCUAUGGGGAACUGACGCCCACUAGUGAAGCUGACCUUGCUCUGUGAGGAAAACGUCUUUCCAUCAGAGCCUGUGGGAGUUGGGCUUUUGUUGGUGAUCCUGAUACCUGUAUUGGAAAUGGUUGACAUCUCUAGGUCAAAAUUUUUAUCACCUCAAAAAAAAAGAAAAAACCAAAAACCCUGAGGCCAUUAGUAGUCACUCCUCAUUUUUCCCUAACUUCCCAGCCUUAGGCAACAACUAAUCUUUCCAUCUUUGCAGUUCUCUGUUUGAGACUUCAAUAUGAAUGGAAUCAUAGAAUAUGUGACUGACUUCUUUCACUUAGCAUGUUUUCAUGGUUCAUUCAGGUUGUACCAUGUUUUAUUGUUCCGUCUUCCAUGUCACUGAUUAUUUCCUCUGUUCCCUGCAUUUUCCUAUUGAGCCCAUCCACUGAGCUUUUUAUUUUUGUGAUUGUAUUUUUCACUUAUAAAAUUUCUGUUUGGUCUUUCUUGAUAUUGUCUACUUCUUCACUAAGGUGCUUUUUUAAAAAUUUUAUUUGUUUAUAA